AUGGCUGCCCACGUGCCCAUGGCCCCUGGCUUUCCUCAGAUGCUCAAGGAGGGCAUGAAAUGUUUCACCGGCUUACAGGAGACCCUCUUCAGCAACCUGACAGCCUGCAAAGCUUUGGUGCGCUCCCUGCGCACCUGUUACGGCCCCAUGGGCCGUAACAAACUGGUGGUCAACCAUCUCGGCAAGAGCUUCCACACCUCCCACGCUGCCACCAUUUUGCGCGAGCUGGAACUGGAAAAUCCUGUGGCCUGUCUGCUGCGCACCGCUGCCGAAACCCAAGAGGAAGAGACGGGCGAUGGCACGAAUUACGUCGUCCUCCUGGCAGGGGCCUUGCUGGAGAACGCAGAGAAGCUCCUGCGGUCCGGCCUGCCGGUGGUCCACAUCCGUGCCGGCUAUGAGAUGGCCUGCAAGGAAGCCCUGCGCCUGCUGCCCGGCCUCAUCUGCCACGUCCUGAAGAAACCACACGACGUGGACGAGGUGAGGUGGGUCCUGCAGACCAUUGUGGGCAGCAAGAUCUUUGGCCACCAGAAGUUCUUGUCCAGGCUGGUGGCCAAGGCCUGCGUCUUGGUGCUGCCCCAUGCCGGCACCCCCUUCAACCCGGAAUUCAUCCGUAUCUGCAAAGUCCCAGGAGGGGAUGUGGCCAAUUCCCGCGUCGUGGAGGGUGUGGUCACCUGCACAGAGGCUGAAGGGAUCAUCAAGCGGGUCGAGAGGGCUCGCGUCGCGGUCUACUCGUGCCCCUUUGGCCCAGCUGGAUUGGAAGCCAAGAGCACCGCCAUUUUCCAGAGCGCAGAACAGCUGAAGGACUUCGGUGGCGACGAAGAGAAACUGAUGGAGCAUCGUGUUCAGACCAUCGCUAUGGCCAGCGUCAACACGAUCGUCGUUGGAGGGAAGGUAGAAGAUAUGGCGCUCUUCUAUGCCAACAAGUACAGGAUCAUGGUGGUGCGGCUGAGUUCCCGCAUGGAGUUGCAGAGCCUAUGCCGGGCGGUGGGAGCCACUCUCCUGCUCAGUUUGGUCCCCCCGCUUCCUGAAGCAAUCGGGCACUGCCGCCGCGUCUACAUGAGCGAGAUCGGCAGCACCAGCGUGGUCAUAUUCAGUCAAGACGGGGCUGCUUGCCCUGUGGUCACGGUGGUGCUCCGAGGAGCCACCCAGGAGAUGCUGGAUUGCUUGGAAGAAGCCGUCCAUGACGGAGUCAGCGUCUACAAAGUCUUGGGCAGCGACCCGCGGCUCCUGCCCGGCUCUGGAGCCACUGAGAUGGCCCUAUCGGUGCGGCUCAGCACUCUCGGGAUGUACUAUCCCGGAUCCGAGCAAUAUGGCAUCUUGGAAUUCUCCCAAGCCUUGAAAACGCUUCCGGCCAUCCUGGCUGAAAACGCUGGGCUGCCAGUCAACGAGGUGAUGGCCAAGAUGGAGGUUCAGCACCAGCUGGGCACGCAAAACACCGGCAUCAAAUUGGUCGCUGAGGAAGCCGAGACUAUCAGCGCCAUCAAGGAAGGCCUGCUGGAUCCCUUAUUGGUCAAACACAGGGCCAUCACCCUCGCCACCCAGGUGACGGUCAUGCUGCUGGGUGUCAGCGAGAUCAUGGUGGCCAAGAAGAGUGGGGGGCCCAAGCCCAGAGGGGAGAACCCCAACUGGGACAAAGAGUCGGAUAUACUGGAAUGA